UCAGCUGGGCUGUAGUGUAUAGUGUAGUGGUUGUGUAAAAGUUGCUAGCGCGCGGUUGUUCUCAAGGACGUGGUUGUUAUCAUCAACAAUUAGCCCUUUAACACAACUCUGAUAACGCCGUUAUCGUAGCCGUAGGAUGUAAAACGUGUAAAGUGUGAAUAUUUGCAUCUUGAUAUUUUUAAAUUUAGAAAAUUAGGCCUAGUUUGCCUGCAAAGAUUACGUGAUGGAUUUAUAGUGUGAUUUCUGCUUGUGUGCUUGAAAAGGAAUUCUUCAACAGAGAGAUGAUGAUGAGAUAACGGCAUGGCCACCACCACCCCCGCCAAGACCAGAGACUCCGACUUCUGCUCUGUCAACUUCCUCACCUACUUCUUCCACAUCUUUAACAUCGUCUUCUUGCUAUCAGGCUGUGGAGUGUUGGCUGUAGGUCUAUGGUCAGUGAUCUACAAGCACCAGUACGUCUCCCUGUUGACAACCUCCACCUACGCCCUCACAGGGUACGCCCUCGUCCUCGCUGGAGCCCUCGUCCUCCUGGUGGUCGUCCUAGGAUGCUGCGGAGUGUGGCGAGAGAACAGAUGUCUUCUGUUGGUGUACACGUUCCUGUUGCUGCUGAUAUUCCUGCUGGAGGUAAUGGCAGGACUCCUGGCCUACGUCUAUCAGGCUCAGAUAGAUGACGAGUUGUCUCACACCCUCAACGCCACCUUCCUGGAGACGUACAGGAUCAAGAACGAGCAGACGGCUGCCAUAGACAGAAUGCAGCAAGAGUUGGAGUGCUGUGGUGUCAACAGCUUCGAGGAUUGGCAGUAUUCUGUAUGGAAGCGGCAGAGUUCUGAGGCUCCUGUGAGAGUUCCAGACACUUGCUGCCUCAGUCCUAGUCCAGGCUGUGGCCGAAGCAUCAACCCCAGCAACAUCUUCUAUGCGGGCUGCAAGGACGGGUUUGUGGAGGUGUUAGUGGAGCAGCUAAACAUCAUAGGAGCGGUGGGUCUGGGUCUCUGUGUGAUCCAAGUCUUCGGCAUGAUUCUGUCCUGCUGUCUCUACCUCAAACUUCGCUACAUUACCGACUACGUCUGACUUCAGAAUCUUCAAGAUUCCGUCCACCUGUACUUAGUCAGUGGUCAGAGACAUUCAGAGAUCACUCUAAUCCGUCAAUUCUGUCAUUGAUGUUUGCUUUAUUUAUUUUCAUUAAAAGAUCUUCGCAACGCCUAGUGUAUGUGUAACAGUUAGACUAAUAAGGAAAAUGUAGCUUGUUAUCUUUGUUCCUUUAUGUUUAAUGUACUAACAUGUAAGUUCUCUUGAAGUGUAUAUAUGUAGGGAAUAUAUGUGUAAAUAAAUAUACCAGUAACUGAA